AUACUAAGUAGCUCGCGUAACACCCCAUUUGGAAAGGUAACAAUAGCGUACGCCAAAUUGCGCACCAUUCAGUGACUUAACAUUUUACGUCAAGCGUCUACACUGAUCUUUCCCCUUUUUUGUCGGCUUAGAAAGUGGGACAAAGACGCGCUGUACUUUCUCCAAGUUUGGUCUUCCCCUUUAAUGGCAGUGCAGCCCUAGUGGUGGCUACUGGACUGUAGGAUUCCCUGGGAACUCUGCGGAGAGAAGAAUGAAAUAGCCUUCACUCCAAACCAGGAUCAUGGCGGCUCCGCUCGGGCGGGACACUUUACCUGAUCACUGGUCGUAUGGAGUAUGCAGAGAUGGCAGGGUAUUCUUCAUCAAUGACAAAACUCGGAGCACUACUUGGCUCCAUCCCCGGACUGGUGAACCUGUCAACUCAGGACACAUGAUAAGAUCAGAUUUACCACGAGGAUGGGAAGAAGGAUUCACCGAUGAAGGAGCCAGCUACUUCAUUAACCACAACCAGAGGACGACCGCUUUCCACCAUCCCGUGACGGGACAGAUAUCGCCUGAAAAUUCCGACUACAUCCUUCAGGAACAGACGAACUCCCGCAUGUCCAAACCACCGCCAGACCACAGGCCACCCAGCAUGGUCAGUGAGACCUCCACAGCUGUGACCACAUCCACAGUGGACGCCACUUCAGGGUCUAAGGUCUCCAGGAGCAUUGGGAAGGUGCACAGCUUUGGGAAGAGGGAGCAAGCAAUCAAGAGGAACCCCAACAUGCCUGUGGUGGUCCGGGGAUGGCUCUACAAACAGGACAGCUCCGGAAUGAGGCUGUGGAAGCGCAAGUGGUUCGUGUUGUCUGAUUACUGCCUCUUCUAUUACAAAGACAGCCGAGAGGAGACAGUCCUGGGCAGCAUUCCCCUCCCUAGCUACGUCAUCUCACCGGUGGAGCCAGACGACCACAUCAGCCGCAAGUAUGCCUUUAAGGCCACCCAUACAGGGAUGCGCUCGUACAUUUACAAUAAGAACUCUGUGAUUGGCUCGCAGGCCGAGCAUGGGGGCAUGCGCACCUACUACUUCAGCGCCGACACCCAGGAGGACAUGAACGGCUGGAUCAGAGCCAUGAACCAGGCAGCGCUCAUGCAGAGCCAUGGCGUCAAGAGAGAGGUCGAGAGGCCAGAGAAGCUAGAGCAACAGGCAGUCCCGCAGACCAAUCAUGUCAACAGCUGCAGCAAGAGCUCCUCCCAGCCCGAGAGCCUCUACCAGCCAGCGGAGCGGGGGGAGGGACCCAGCAAGGACGUGGAGCGGGCAGAGGCACAGGCCCAGGCCAGGGUGGAGGUGGAAGGGCUCUCGCCGGACUCGGUGGCCCCCUCGCGGCCCUCCUCCACCCUGCCGUCCACCCACCGUAACGGCCUCCCCCCAGGCCCCGGGGCGCUGGCCCCCGAGCAGAACGGCGGCGUGGUGUACAAGAGGGCCACGGUGCAGCGCGCCCACACGGAGAAGCAGGUGCAGAGGAAGACUGCGCUGGCCCAGGUGGAGCACUGGGUCAAAGUGCAGAAAGGAGACCCCAAGAGCCAUCCCUCCACAGACUACAGCCUUCCCCGGCGGACGCCUCCUCUGCAGCCCAAGGCCAGCAUGGUGGAGGCCUACCAGUCGUUGCCAAAGACCCUCCGUCUCCCCUCCUCUGGGGGCUCCCCACCGACGCCCCGCAACCUGCCCAGCGACUACAAGUACGCCCAGGACCGCCUGAGCCACUUCCGCAUGAGCACGGACGAGCGGCUGGCGAGCCGCGAGGGCAUGGUGUGGCAGCUGUACGAGUGGCAGCAGCGGCAGCAGUUCCGGCACGGCAGCCCCACGGCGCCCAUCUACACGGGGCCCGACUACCUGGACACGGCCGGCGCCUCCUUCCGCGUGCUGGAGGUGCCGCGCUCCAUCUCCGUGCCGCCGUCGCCCUGCGAGGUGCCCCCGUCCGCGCCCUCCUCCAAGCCGCUGUCGCCGCGGAGACCGCACACGCCCUCCGACCGGGUGACAGUGCGGCCGCUCAACGAGGUCCCGCUCGCCGACCACCCGUUUCUCUGCUCCCCGCGACGCACGAGCUCACAGCUCUCCAAGACUGCACAAAUAGAGAGACGAUCAGUGCCAACCAUGGGCUACAUCACCCAUACGGUCAGCGCACCAAGCUUGCAUGGGAAAACGCCGGAGGAGCUCACCCUGCUCCUCAUCCAGCUCAGGAGGCAUCAGGCCAAGAUGGCGGGCGUGCGCAGCGACACGCUCGCGCACCUCCACCACCACCACCACCAGCAGCACAAUGGCCUCUCCAGCCUGCAGGCCGAUGAUACUUACAUGCAGCUGAAGAAGGACCUGGAGUAUCUAGACCUGAAGAUGAAAAGUAUUGAACAACUGAUCGUUUUGGUUUGCAAUAGCAUACAAAAGUCCUCUCACGGUUUGGGCUCCGUUCUGAAUGUCACCGGUCGUGAAACGCUAAAAGACAGACCAGCACGGCCCGUUAAAAUAGCUGAAAGUGACAUUGAUGUGAAGCUGAGCAGAUUAUGUGAACAGGACAAGAUCCUUCAAGAGUUGGAGAUGAGGAUUCGUACCCUAAAGGAGGAUAAGGACAAGCUGGAGUCGGUGCUGGAUGUGUCCCAUCAGCAGAUGGAGCAGUACCGCGACCAGCCCGCUCACGCCGAGAAGAUCGCCUACCAGCAGAGGCUGCUGCAGGAGGACGUGGUGCACAUCCGUGCUGAGAUUUCACAGCUCUCCACGGAGAUGGAGAACGCCUGGAGUGAGUACAGCCGUCUGGAGGUGGAUGUGGACCGGCUCAGGUCGGCCCUGCAGGAGCAGAUGAGCCGCUGCUCCAUCACUCAGCAAGAGAAAGCUCAGUUGAGGAAGGAGCUGUGGCGGAUAGAGGAUGUGAUGGCUGGCUUGAGCUCCAGCAAAGCCAACUACAAAAUCACAGUCGACUCAGUGCAGAACCCAGAGCGGAAACUUGUGCCUUCAGUGUCCUCCUCAGUGCCUUCCCUCUCGGCGAGCCCGUCGGCAGGGCAGCUGAAGUCUCUUCCGCACAGCCCCUCCCAGCCUACCCAGCAGCCCGCUGGCCUGCACGCUGCACACAAACCAAAUUGGGCUGAGGAGGGUGCUCCACCACGGCCUCCUCUUCCUCAGCUCUACAGCCCUGAUGAGCACCCCCCUGAAGUGCCCCCUCUGCCCAAGGAGUCGUCCGUCAUCAGGCACACUUCUGUCCGAGGCCUCAAGCGCCAGUCCGACGAGCGCAAGAGAGACCGCGAGAUCGGGCAGUUCUCCAACGGAGACAAGGUGGAGCUGCGGGCGUUUCUCAGCGAGCCAGAGCUGAGAGGGGUCAGUGGGGUGCAGGGGGCCUCAGCGCUGACCAGCGGAUACCAGACCCUGCCCAGCAGAGGAGUAACAGGCUCCUCCUCGCGACUGAAUCAGUCCACCAACAUUUCAUCUUAUGUCACCCUGAGAAGAGGAGCAUCGGCGCCAGGCUUGAAGGAGAGACCAAAGAGCGCUCUGGAGCGUCUGUAUGGAGACCCUGCGCUGCAGCGGGGUCGCAUGAGCGCCGAGGAGCAGCUGGAGCGCAUGAAACGCCACCAGAAGGCGUUGGUGCGCGAGCGCAAGCGCACCCUCAGCCAGGGCGAGCGGCACGCCUCGGCCUCUGCCUCCGUGGCCUCCUCCCCGGCCGCCACCGGUCCCCGGUCCGGCUCGUCCGCGUCCGGAGCGACCACCCCGCGACCCGUCUCAGCUGACCUGGGAUCAUGGAAGCGCGAGCAGGAGUUUGACCUGCAGCUGCUGGAGCGUGCGGUGCAGGGAGAGGAGCGUCCGCCGGAGCACCGGGAGAGACCGCGCUCCCAGUCGGACGAAUGGCUCACCCUGUGCUCCAUGAAGGAGCUGGACCUGGAGCCAGUGGACUACACUGUGGACCUGAGCAAAGAGUUGUCCAAGCCCAAGAAGGUAGAGAUCCCUGAGCGCUACGUGGACCUGGAGCCCGAGGAGCCGAUCAGCCCUCAGGAGCUGGAGGCCCGCCACCGCAAAGUGCAGCGCAUCAAGAGCAUCCUGGCCAAGUCCAGUGUCCAGAACAUACCCCCCACGGUGGUGGUGGAUAAGUGUGAGCUCCCGGACCUGGACUCUGCAUUGCAGGAGCAGGAGAGGAUCAUCACCAUGUCUUACGCUCUCGCCUCCGAAGCCUCCCUCAAGAGCAAGCAGGUGGCAGCUCCUCAGCAGGCUAACGACGCCGCUGACUCCCCUCCGCCCUUCUCCCCUCUUCUUCCUCCUCCACCUCCUCCUCCUCUCCCGCCCCCCACCGCCUCCUCUGAGGCACCUCCUCCUCCUCCCCCUCCCCUCAGCAAUGGAUUUCACUACACCUUUGUCUAAUCAGAGCAAAUAAAACCAAAGCUGUAUUUGGACACUGAUGUGGUGCUGACAGACUGUGUAAUCGGCGUAGCUUGGCUUCCCCAUCUCCAUUCACCCCCCAGUAGACGAACACUAGUGCACACGGGGAAGGGCAGACAUGGCUAAAUGCAGCAUAACUCAUUUAAUGAUGCAUUAUUUUGUCAUAGACCAUGAAGUUAUUAUUUUGUAUAGCAAACAGAAGUCAUUGCUGUGGAGACUGCUGUGCAUAUAUUAACUUGGGAAAUGUCUAACAAUGGUAAUCUUACAAUAGGAAAAAGAAAAAUACAUUUUAUACAUGUUAUUGCACUUUUAACACUCUACUGUAUCAUAGUGAGAAACUGAUACUGAGCUGAUCUAUUUUAUUUCUCAGAGAGAGAAAAGACGUGUUCUGUGUUGCAGUGAAAUCUGAGUUUCAGAAGGAAAGAUGCAAUAGAGUGUAGAGCAAAUGUAAAAGUAUUAUGCAUCUGGGAGAUUUGAAGAAAUGACAUGCGGUACAGUAAUAAUUGUGUCAAAUGUUGAUUGUAUUUUUUAUCAACUCAGAUGAUAUUCUUACACCAAAUCACUUGAAAUAUUAUUUUUGUGUAUCUAGCACUGCCAGUUUCCUCUUAGCUUGCCAAAAGGAUUUUUAUUUUUGCCUACAACAUCUUGGAAACUAUAACCUUUAUCAAUAUUUUCUGAAAAAAAGAGGAAAAAAAACUGUGGAAGGGGCAGACAUUUUUUAAGAAACAUGUAAAUAUUAAAAUACAUUAACAAGUUA